UUUCAGAGGGAUCAGGAGAGUCGUCUACACCAUUUCUCUACUUUCAACACCACUGCACUUGUCACAAGGGAACUUCGGAAGUGUGUCGACGUCUAUCGCGAUUUGUAACUAAAAGUGAAGCAUGAUUGCGUGAGUUGAAAGAAAAUUAACUGUGGUGUUGUUCCUUGUGGUAAGCAGAUACCGCAUCCGUGUGAACCAAGAGUUUCGUUUAAAGAACUAUAAAAGCAGCUACCGCGUUCGUCUGCCCUGUAUUUCUAUAUUUACGUCAACAAGAACCCCUCGAAUUCGAGUGGAAACACAAUUAAACAGAGGCUUAGACUGAGGGCUUCCCGUUACGGAAACUCGAACGAAACCUCAACAAAAACCUCACAUAGAAAAAUCGUAGAAAAAUAAAUAAUUUAACCACGAAAUGUGAUAAGAUGAACAAAGUUCCGUAAAGAAGCGAAAGAAAGAAGAAGAAGCAGCCGCGAAGGCAAAUCGUUCUCGCCUCCCUCCUCUUGCUCCGCUCCGCGUCAUGGGUGAUUAAUCAGAAACCUAAAAUUUCAAAUUCGUCAUUUCAUAGUGGAGUCUUCUAUCCUGACAGUACUCUACAUACAUGCUUUUGUGCUCCCGCAUCCAGUACCACCUCCGCGUAUGCGCCACGGUAACAAAUGUUGUCGUCGUUGUCCCCGACGUCGCAGCAUUACAUAGAUCAUCACGAUGACGACUAUGAUGAGUCAAUAAUAACAGCUGGGUCUAAUCAGAAUGUCUCUUUGAAAUUAUCUGACAACAAAUUUAAGCAAUAGCAAUUAUAAUCUAAUAGUUCUAAUCAGUUUUAAAUUAUUUUGCCCUCCGUGCCCAGGUGAUAGUUGUGCUUAGAACCUCGGUAAAAUCGCAAGGUAUAAAUCAAAACAGUCUUCGAUAAGGGCGAAUUAACCAUGAACGGUCUCAGUCUAAGCGAACUUUGCUGCCUAUUCUGUUGUCCUCCUUGUCCUUCAAGGAUAGCAGCCAAGCUAGCAUUUCUGCCCCCGGAACCUACGUAUUCCUUUACGGAAGAUGAGACAUCGAGCUCGAAAUUCACCAUAGCAUUAUCUGAGAGAGCAGAGUGGCAGUACACCGAACGAGAAAAAGAAUCCGUGGAAGGUUUCUAUGCACGUACGUCACGAGGGAACCGAAUAGCCUGCUUGUUUGUAAGGUGCUCAGCUACUGCGAGAUUCACAAUACUUUUUUCUCAUGGAAAUGCUAUCGACCUCGGUCAGAUGUCAAGCUUUUAUUUAGGUCUUGGCUCGAGGAUAAACUGCAAUAUAUUUAGUUAUGAUUAUUCCGGCUAUGGAGUUUCUGGCGGAAAACCAUCAGAAAAAAAUCUGUAUGCAGAUAUAGAUGCUGCGUGGCAUGCCCUCAGAACUAGGUAUGGAAUCAGUCCAGAAAACAUCAUCCUGUAUGGUCAGAGCAUCGGUACUGUGCCUACUGUCGAUUUAGCCGCAAGGUAUGAAGUUGGGGCUGUUGUUCUUCAUUCCCCGCUGAUGUCCGGGAUGCGUGUAGCCUUUCCUAACACUAAGAGAACUUGGUUCUUCGAUGCCUUUCCUAGUAUAGACAAAGUUCCCAAGGUAACGUCGCCUGUCCUAGUGAUUCAUGGUACCGAAGAUGAGGUCAUAGAUUUUAGCCACGGCCUAGCAAUUUACGAGAGAUGCCCGAGAGCUGUGGAACCUUUGUGGGUCGAGGGAGCAGGCCAUAACGACGUUGAACUUUACAAUCAGUAUUUGGAGCGACUAAAGCAGUUUGUAAGUGUGGAGUUGGUCAACUGACGGCGACUAAGCCUCUCCCAGGGUCAGGGGGGGCAAGUGGGAGGGCAUGUUCGUGUGGUGAAUCAAGGUGGCCACUCAGUUUCUAACAACUCAAAUACUACGAGUUCGAUCUCUAC